CGUACUACUAGUGUAAGCCUGAGGCUGCCUUGUUACGCAUACCUACUAGACAAGCCGAGAGCAACGGUGACUCAUCUAGGACCAGACUCGAAUCUGCAUGCACCAGUUUCACAAGCUACGCAUACGACAUGUCGCAGCCUAGGGACGACUUAUCCCAUUCCUUGGAUGCGUUAAGCGCCCAAGUCAACGAGGAUGGAAGGGACAGAACUGGCCCUGGCUUCGAUGCUAUCAGGGGCCAGGCGAUUCCCGAGAUCACUUACAAUGACGAAGGAGCCGCCGAAACCGCCCAAGUUGCCCGGGGUCGACGGGGGAGCGACACCAAAACCGAAAGAUCCCAGAUGACGGUCUGGGACCGCGGGGAGUCGUUACACUCGUUAGCGUUCCCCCAAGGAACUGAUAUGCCCAACAUCAAACGGCCAAAGUCCGAGCCAGAUGCGCCACUUGCGAGGCGGCUAUUGACUCUGCGUUGUCAAUCGAAAAGACCCAAGGGCACAUACUUUUUUCCAUGGGGCUCUGUUGAGGCCCUUAUCAAUGAAGAUGAAGUUGUCCUGGUCAUCACUCAGGGGAAGGGCGCAUUGAGCAACUUGGGCCGCCCCCUUACAGACGACCAAAUCAGGGAGUACGCAAAGAAAGUGUGUACAGUCCAGCUCCCCAGCGAUACUAGCGAGUCGGACAGCAAACCCGGCAGCUACCGCAAAAUAUUCGCCAUUCUGGUCCUGCUCGGGCGCGGCUGGGAGGUUGUUCUUUUUGUUGAUGAAGGGAUAUCCGACGCGGCACUCCCCCUCAAGGCCGUGUAUGCAGAAGGAGAAGAUCUUCCUCCUAAAAUGAGACUCGCAAAGUCUCCGCAGCAUGACCUCUCUUGUAUCUCCCACUGGGACUGGCUCGUUCACGAAGACUUUGAGAGACACCAGUGGUCAAUGCUCAGUCCCUUCUUCGCCCAGGGUAAGAUUCGCCGUGCGUGGUUCUACCAGUUAUCGGAUAAGGACAUCCUUCCCUGGGUCGACGAGCGAAUCGACAUCUCAACGAGUCCGAGCGGCUACAGCAAUGUCUACCGCAUAAAGAUCCACGAGAGUCAUCACAACUUUCCCCCCAGCGAACUGAGCGAUGGUACCUUCGCCGUCAAGAUCUUCAAACCCGAUAGAGCCUCUACGUCGCUCACCCCUGAAGGGUUACCAAGUGACAUGGCGAGUCUUACCUAUCUCCAGACUUCAGGGACUGUGGACGCGGAGGAGCUGAAAGAGGGCUUUAAACGCGAAAUCGAGACCCUGAGACGAUUCAGCGGAGAAGACCAUCCUCACCUGAUCUCCCUUUUAGCUGCCUUCCGCCACGGCGACGACUACUGCGUUAUAUUUCGCUGGGCUCGGUGCGACUUGAAGACCUUGUGGAGGGAUAGCGCCAAGUGGAAUUGGGACCCAGAUCCAUUGAGCAAGCCCACUCUUCAGUGGAUGCUGGAGCAAUGCCGGGGCAUCGCCAGCGGCCUGCACAGAAUCCAUCGCUAUACAAGGAGUGAAACAAUGGCCGAUGGGCAUCUCGCGGCUCCUCACAACAACAUCAUAUACGGUCGACACGGUGACAUCAAACCCGAGAAUAUCCUCGUCUUUUGCAAGCAAAACCAGCCAGAAGACCGAGGCACGCUCGUUAUCACCGACUUUGGCCUCACACGUUUCCACACCGAAGGAACCAAGAGCUACUUCUCCAGCAAGGAUGUCUUGAAUACCUUUUCGUACCGUCCACCCGAGUGUGACAUGGAAGAAUGUCGCAUCACUCAAUCAUUCGACAUAUGGUCCUUCGGCUGUGUCCUGCUAGAGUUCAUUGCAUGGUACCUCGGCGGCUGGGCUUUGGUGUUGAAGUUUGUCCGAGUCCGCAAGACAAUCGACCCCGUGUUGAACGGCUGGAAUGUUGAUCAGUUCUUCGAGGCAGUCAGACCCGAAGGGGAAACGGAGGGCCCAGUCUUCUUUCGCGUAAAGCUGGAAGUUCACCAGUUUGUCAUCAAUGAACUCCACGCACACCCCAAAUGCUCUGAGCCGAUUCACAAGCUCCUCGACUACAUCAUGACGCAUAUGCUAGUCGUCGUUUCCAGAGGCGUGCAACAGAGAGACGACAGCAGCCAGGUGCAUACGGAGCUUGACAAAUUGUGCAAGAUGGUUGCCCCUCCGGAAUAUAAGCUGGUGCCGUCUCCGCGCAAGACCGCGCUCGCCGAAAUCCCGAUUCCGGAAGCAGUUGAGAUGCCCCUCAACCAAAUCGCCAAACAAAACACGGCGGCAAGAUUCAACCAGCUUCGAGAACAUACCGGGAGGACUCGCAGGCUUCCUCCACACUCUCCCCGGAGAACACAAACGCAUCCACCCCAUGGCAAUUAGUACGUGUUGAUGAUGUAGCCGACGGCUCGGGCAAGGGCUGGUUUCGGUCCAGUUGACCUUGGUACCUUACCCGAGGGAGCCUACGCGGACUGGACCGCAAACAUUGACCCCAGCCUGCAGAGGUGC